AUGGGUUUCUCCGACUUCCUUCAAGACGCCGUCUCCCAGGCCGUCAGCAACGCCGGUAACAACUCUGGCGGCAACAACAACAACAACCAGGGCGGUUCCAACCAGAGCUACGGAGGAGACUCCUACGGCGACCGUCCCUCUUACGGCGGAAACCAGGGAGGCUACAAUGACCGUCCUUCUCAAGGCAACCAAGGAGGCUACAACGAUCGUCCCUCUCAAAGCUACGGAGGUGACUCUUAUGGCGGAAACCAGGGCGGUUACAACGACCGUCCUUCCCAAGGCUACGGCGGAGACUCCUACGGCGACCGCCCCUCGCACGGCGGAAACCAGGGAGGCUACAACGACACCUCAUACAACGCCCCACCCCCCUCGCACGGCGGCUACCACAACUCCAACCCCUCCUCUCAGGGCUUCUCUGACAACGACGUAAACCCAGCGCUCCGCCACGCCCAACAGCACCACUCCGACUCCGACUCCAACGACUCGUCCCUCUUCAGCACCGCCCUGAACUUCCUCAAGGACAAGCAAGGCCGCUCUUCCUCCCCGGACAUCGACGAGUCCGAUAUGGUCCAGUCCCACCAGCAGCUCUACAAUGACAACGAUAGCAGCAGGGCCCAUGAUUCGAACUCCCUGGGCGCUGGCGCUGCGAUCCAGGCUCUGAAGAUGUUUUCCUCGGGCCAGAGCGGUGGCUCUUCUGGCGGAGACCAGAAUGCCUUUAUUGGUAUGGCGAUGAGCCAGGCUGCUAAGCUUUGGGAUCAGAAGAACUCGAGUGGCAAGGUGACCGAUGAUAAGCAGUCGGCUGUGAACAAGGCCGCGGAGAUGGCUAUGAAGAUGUAUUUGAAGAACCAGGGCAGUGGAUCGUCUGGUAGCGGUGGGCCGGCGCUGAUGAACUUGGCUAGCAAGUUCCUGAGCAAGUAG